AUGUGUGACAUAGAGAAUAUUGAUAACAAUAAAAAUGACGAUUGCAAUUUAAGGGAUAUACAAAAUGACGACUGCAAUUUAGGGGAUAUAAAGAAUGACAAUUGUAAUGGAACUACCAAAGAUGAAGUGAGUAUACAUGAAAAUGGACAUUCUUAUGCAAAUGUGUUAUAUUUCAAAAAAUUAAAAUUAAAUAAAAGAAUAUUUGGAAAAUUAAAAGAUAAGAAUAUAGUCAUAUACUUAAAAUAUAAAGAUAGCAAAUGUACAAGUAAAAAUAUAAAGGUAACAGAUCCUGAAAUAAACAACUUAUAUUUAUGUUUUUUAAUUACUGAACCGUUCAUAAAAGAUGAAAAAAAUAUAAUAAAAAUAUAUAUAAAAUAUUUUAAAGAUGAUAAAUAUAAAAUAUUAUCCUUUGGCUUUUUGGAAUUAAAUUUAAUAGACUUCAGUGAACAAUUUUAUAAAAAAAAAAGUUAUAUGUUAUGUUAUGAUAAAAAUAAUAAUAAAUAUAUUUUUGGAUAUUUUAUAUUAAUUUUGGCAAAUCAAAUUAAAUGGAAUAUACAUAACAAUAAUGUCUCUUAUGAAAUUACGAAAAAUUCUUAUUUUAUAAAUAAUCAAAUAAAUUAUGAUGAACAACUUCUUUAUAUAUGUAAAAAAAUUGAAAAAAUUUUAUUAAAAUCUGUUUCUACAAAUAAAUCAAACACUAUACAAAAUAAUCAAAAUAAAGACUUACUAAAACAUUUUAGUGUUACACACAGUUGUCCAGCAACCUUUAGAAUACCAGCAAAAGAAAAGAAAACCAUAAAUGAUACCAUAACCAACCAGGAUGAAAAUCAGAAAGGUGAUAAAGAAAUAGAUGAUCAAAGCACAGGGAUAGACAAUGCUGAUGAACAAUGUGAAAAUAGUGCAAUAAAAAUAAAUGAUGAUAACCCUUCUGAUAGCCAUAUAAAACAAGUUGAACAAGACAUAAAUCUUUACAAAGAUAAUGAUGACACGUCUUCUACAAAUCAAAAUAUUAAAAAACAUAAAUCUCUGCAAAACUUUAAUAAUCAAAAUCCCCGUCUAAAAAUACCACCAAAUUAUUUAAACUCAAAAAAAACAAAUUCUGAUGAUAACUCAAUUUGUAAUUAUCAUAGUGAUGGUGCAAUUAAAAAGACAUUUUCAGAAACCUCCUUAAGUAGAUUAAUUUUAGAUGAAGACCAAAGUAUAGAAAAGUUUAGCUUGUUAAAAAAAAAAAUAACAAUCAAACCAAAACCCAAAUUGAAAUUAAAACCUUUGGGCAGUAAAAUAAAUAAUUUUAUAAUUAAAAGUAAAAAUAAUAUAUCAACAAAUAAAACCAAAUCUUUCUUGGAAAAGUACCAUAAAAUGUACCAUGCUCGAAAUAAUAAAAUACCUAUAAAACAUACAACUUCCCCUACAAAUAUCACACAAAAAGAAGAAACAAAAGAGGAUUAUCCUAUUUCUUGCAUGAACAAUAUAUUCGAUGGGGAUGAAGACAAGGAUUUAAGCGAUCAUAGUAUCAAUGUACCUACUUGCGUAGAAAAAAAAAUGAGUAUUGCUACUACACAAUCAUUAGAUGAACUAAAACAUAAUGAUGAUAUUUUGACAGAGGUUCACAAGCCAUUAGGUGAAUCAGAUAUGUUACAUAACAAGAAUGAAUCGAAUGAAAUUUGUAACUAUAAUGAUCCUAAUGCUGAUCAUAUUGAUAAUGGUGAAAAGGAGGAAAAAGAGGAAAAUGUAGACGAAACUGACCCAAUUUAUACGGAUGAAAAUUUAUUUGACAUAUUUAUAUUAAAAAAAUUGGAGAACAUAUUAAAUAAUGAUUUAGACAAUUUUAUAGAAAAUGCUGAAUUUAUUUUACAUCAUAUGAAAAAAAAAAUGCUAAAAAAAAAUGAAUUUUUUGCAGAACAAAUAAAAAAUCAAUAUAACACAAAUACGGUUCUAAUAAAAAAAGAAACUUACGACCAACCCAAUUUAACAAAAGAUGAAAAUGGUGAAUGUUAUAUGGUAGAUAAACAAGAUGAGCAUACCGAAAAGAAUACCACAAAUUAUAAUGUAAAAGGCGAUAUCCUCAAAAUUUUAGAGAAUUGCAUUAAUACUACAUUAUUAUAUAUACAAUUCGUUUUAAAUGAUAAAAAUGUUGAUAGAACUCAAAAAGAUAUAUUUAUAACAUACAGAGAAAUAAUAAAUAAUAUAAAAAACGCAAUAGAUGAUUGCAAAAAACAAAAAGAAACACUUUUAUUAAAUUCUACAAAUAAUGCCAACUUUGAUAAUAUAUCUAAAGACCGAAAAAAUACAUUAUUAACUACUACCAAAUCAGAAAAUGAAAGUGUUAUGAAAAAAAGAGAUUCCUACUCAUAUUUUAAUGAUGAUUCAUAUUUAACCAUGAGUAGUUGUUCUGAUUCCUCACAAACAGAAGAAAUAAUGGUAUUUAAACCAGUUAAUUAUAUCAAUAAAAAUAUAUCUACUUCGAUUCAAUAUUAUCAAAAAAAAUGGAAACACAAAUUAUCUAAGGUGGGAAUGUAUGUAUAG